UAGGUACGUGACUCCCUCACAAAGGCACGGUUAACCAACGUAAGGAAAGCCCCUUUAAGAGUUGCUAGCAACAGUUGCAUAUAGAGUUACAGCGUAAAUAUUAAUUCACUCCGUAUUCAUUCCAGUUGGCCUAUUCCACACGCCAGACAUCAUGACCUCCCUCAUGGAUGUAACUUCACAGACAGGUCGAUGCCAAGGAAAAGUUUGCGCAGACAUUUAGGCUCUCAUCUUCGAAAUGUCCUCCAUCUGUGAACUUCGCAAAAAUGUUGCUGAAGUAUCAUCAUUUUGGCAGGCGGACUCGCAACGACCAUAACUACAGCAUUACGUAAAGGAAUCAUAUUGUUCGAUUGAGAUCACAGACGGUUUCAUGGUUGACAGGUGACCACCAUGGCAAAAGGUUCUUUAAAGCUGAACAUGAAAAAAGACGAUCCACGGACGCUCAUGCUCAAAAUGGACGCCCGACUGACCUACGCAGGCCGCGAUAGACGCUCGGGGUUCAAACUGGAGGGCGAACGCAAGAUCAAACACAUCGAAGUCACCCACCAGCUCAUCAACGCUGAAUUCAACCGCGCAAAGAAGGACAUCCUACGGCGCUUCGAUUUCUACCAGACGCUGAAGGAGCAGAACAAAGAGAGGCGGCAGAAGAGGGACCUGGCCUGGUGCGAGGAGGAAGAGAAGGAAUGGGAGCAACAGGCCAUGGCUGAGAAGCGCCGACGCAGGUUGCUGCCCAAGCUGCGAGUCCACAGGAACUUGAAAGCCGAGGCCGGGGGGACAGUGGGGUCGAUACGGCGCGACGUGAAGGGAGAGUUCGCGAACAAGAUGGCUCACGAAAUGCACCUCAACAGGUCACUGAUCGCUUUGACUGACGCGUACAGCAAACACAAAAUUCUGACCCAAAAGAACAAAGCUAAGUUAGGACAGAUCAUCGAAGACAUUGAUCGCGAGGGUUCCACUGACAGGGCAGAGGUCAGUAAAUUGUCCUCCGUGUUGGAGAGGGGUCAACCCGAAUUCGAAUUGCCCCUGCCUAAAGCACGUCUUCCUGAACUGAAACUGGGCAAGGAAGGGGAAAGCUCCGUCCAAAACGAGGUAGAUCCUCAGCUGCGGGCUGGCAAAGCAGGUAAAAUACCAACAAACGACAAGAGUAAGGACCAGUCAGUGGCUGAUAUCGGUCCACCUUCAGGUCUAGGACGACGAUCUUUUUACAUGAAUACAAGCAACACCAAGAAACUACAGGGUAUAGACUCAAACCAGAAAGACCCGCCGCCCAUGCGGAAUAUCAAUCAUACUAGACGCAAAGGUGUCUACAAAAUGGACUUCGCCGACCCCUCGGGACCCGGCAACGCGUUCGGACGCCACGGGCGCGAGCUCCCACCAUUGGACCACCCCUCCGUGAAAACCAAGAAGCCACGGCCAUAUCUCGCCCCCUACCCUCAGCAGAUGUUACCGCUAAGGUUCUACGGAACGGAGGAGAACCCUUUCCUGAAGGGGGACGGCCCACCCGUUGCUGCGAUCAAUCGUGCCCGGGACUUGGUCGACGCCGACAAAGCUGACGAGAUGUACGAGUGGCUGGGGUUUGAGUCCCGGGAGGAACUCGAAAAGCUGCGGGCAGCCGGAUUGCUGUUUGAACAAGAACGAGAAGAGGGCUCCGAAACAAGUAGCGUAACGAAGGAGGGUACAGGACCCGCCAAGCUGGGUACCGAGGACAACCCUGACUAACUUUAUCACAUCAUGAACCUGUUUCUAAAAUUAAUAUUACCACGAGACACGAGAAAACGUGCUCGUAAUACGAUUCAUUCUCACACCAAAACCGUCAGCAAAUUAAACCAUUCAAUAAGGGGACACUCAGCCCCAUCCUUCCUUGUGUUAUUUAAUUUACACAGAGGGCUCCGAGUACUUUGAAUGAUGGCAGGAAGGAUACAGAACCAAUUUUCUUGGGGAUGCAAAAAAAAAAUUGUGAAUUUCUGUGUGUUGCUUUUCAUGCCUCUCUAUAUAUGAGGGGUGAGGCUAAAUCUGGGGUCAUUUCACAGUCGUCCCAAAUUGCUGUUCUUUCAACAACUAGGGGAAAAACGUUUUUCCCUGUUGAGAGGGGGGUAUGACUCGGCUAGUGCCCUCAGCAGAUCCACCUGCGAAUGUUAGAGUAUAUAUAAAGGCGUCUAGCUCCCAAAACAGGGCCUAAUGUAAAAACUAGACCAUUUUUGAGACGGAGACUGCGUUGCAAUUUUAAGACAAGUUUUAAAAAUAUUGCUUCGGUUGGUGUUACUGACAGCAAUUGUGUGCAGCUUUUCCUAUACAUGUAUUUGAUUUCCGUUUCAGUGGAGAGAUCUGCACCACCAAGGGAUAACUAAAACUAAACAAUAUUGCUUGGAUUGUUAGAAAUGAACCAUUUUCCUAGCACUGCAGACAUGAGGUUAUAGUCUGACACAGAAAGACAAGACCACAGAAACUUAUAUGUGUUUUUGUGGGAGGAUUAAUUCUCAAGUGAUCCUGUCGUGAUUGACAGCAUGUGUAAGUUGAUCCCAAGAUCAACUCCAGCUUACAUGGCGGGAAAUUUUACGAGGCAGUGUGGAAAAUAACGGGGACAAUAGUGUAUCCCACAUUAUUUCUCGUAUGUAAAACUGCAUUAUUUUGUCCCAAUUUCCUAGGUGUGCAAAAUUGGAGGAUUCAAGACUGUAUUCAUCAGUAAUUGGUCCUGAAAUAGAUAUGUUUUUUUCCCGGUACUUUCGUGGUGCGGCUGUGUUUUAAUUGCUAUAAAUUAUGUAGAGGCCACGUAGGUUUGGCCAGACGAACUAUGGUUCGCCACCAUUGCAAAAGCAGCUACACAUGUAAUUUUAAAUCUAAAAAAAAUUGACAGCCUACCAUACGUUUCAGAGGUAUAAAAUAACUUUAUUUUACCAAAGCGAUGACCGCUUUUUAAAUAUGGGACUUGAGUUUUUCUUCUGUAUUUCCGAACGGACGUAAUCUGAAUUUUAAAAUACACCGUAGCAAAUCAUGAAAAAUUCCAAAUUCAUUUCGUUUUUGUAAGGUUGUCUUUCAGGAAACAUUCUGACCUAGGAGUUCUUUGUCAAUGACCACUUUCUACUGUAGCAUUUUCUUGAUUGUAUUCCUGUACAUUUAUAAAUGUUUCUCAGCCAUGUUACCCUUUUUUGUCUUCGGCUAGUAAGACUUCCUUUUUCACGACUUCCUUCCUUCACGAUGAUGCCUGUGGAUCUCAAGUUUGUAGUUUUGACUUCUGUCAAGUAACACUACCAUUCUAGCAUUUUUCUAAUUUUAUUUUACUUCACCGUUAAAAUUCAGGUAUUUUUCAUGAGCUAUUUGGUUGUUAAUUAAAAAUAGAGAAAAUCCCGAGACCUAUAACUAAGGAUACAACUCGUAAACAAAAAACAGCAGAGGAAAAGGUUAUCUUUGAAUGAAAUUGAAUGAAAUUAAACUUACUUUAUUGCCUUAACUUGGCAGUUUA